CAUAUGUUUGCCGAAUAUGCUCUCGUGCGGAUGAAGAUGAGAGGUUUCUGCUCUGUGAUGGCUGUAAUGAUAAUUACCACAUCUUUUCCUACUGCCACCACUUUCUGAAGUUCCCAAGGGAAUAUGGAAGUGCCCAAAGUGUAUCUUAGCGGAGUGUAAACGUCCCCCUGAAGCUUUUGGCUUUGAGCAAGCUACACAGGAGUAUACCUUACAGAGUUUUGGUGAGAUGGCUGAUUCCUUCAAGGCUGACUACUUCAACAUGCCUGUACAUAUGGUUCCUACAGAAGUUGUGGAAAAGGAAUUCUGGAGGUUGGUGAGCAGCAUCGAGGAGGAUGUGACAGUUGAGUAUGGAGCAGACAUUCACUCCAAAGAAUUUGGCAGUGGGUUUCCUGUCAACAAUAGCAAAUGGAACUUAUCCCCUGAAGAAAAGGAAUAUGCUACCAGUGGUUGGAAUCUCAAUGUGAUGCCGGUGCUGGAUCAGUCUGUUCUUUGCCACAUCAAUGCAGACAUCUCAGGCAUGAAAGUGCCCUGGUUAUAUGUGGGCAUGGUGUUUUCAGCAUUUUGUUGGCAUAUUGAGGAUCACUGGAGUUAUUCCAUUAACUACCUGCACUGGGGUGAACCAAAGACCUGGUAUGGAGUACCUUCUUUAGCAGCAGAACACUUGGAGGAUGUUAUGAAGAGACUUACACCGGAGUUGUUUGAGAGCCAGCCUGACCUCCUGCACCAACUUGUCACACUGAUGAAUCCCAACACUCUCAUGUCACAUGGAGUGCCGGUUGUUCGUACAAACCAGUGUGCAGGAGAAUUUGUCAUUACUUUCCCUCGUGCUUACCACAGUGGCUUUAACCAAGGCUAUAACUUUGCUGAGGCAGUGAACUUUUGCACUGCCGAUUGGCUACCUGUUGGACGCCAGUGUAUUGAACAUUACCGCCGGCUCCGGCGCUAUUGUGUCUUCUCCCAGAUGGCUGCAUUCCCAGAGAAGUUGGAUCUAAAUCUAGCAGUGGCAGUUCACAAGGAGAUGUUCAUUAUGGUACAGGAGGAGCGACGCCUACGAAAGACCUUGUUGGAGAAGGGCAUCACGGAAGCUGAGAGAGAGGCCUUUGAGCUACUCCCAGAUGAUGAGCGUCAGUGCAUCAAGUGUAAGACCACGUGUUUCCUAUCAGCCUUGGCCUGUUAUGACUGUCCAGAUGGUCUUGUCUGCCUUUCCCAUAUCAAUGAUCUGUGCAAGUGCUCAAGAAGCCGACAGUACUUACGAUACAGGUACACAUUGGAUGAAUUGCCUGCUAUGCUACAAAAGCUGAAGACUCGGGCUGAGUCAUUUGACAAUUGGGCCAACAAAGUACAAGCAGCCCUAGAGGUCGAGGAUGGACGGAAACGGAGUUUAGAAGAGCUAAGAGCACUGGAAUCUGAAGCUCAUGAUAGACGAUUUCCUAAUAGUGACCUACUUCAGCGAUUGAAGAAAUGCCUAACUGAAGCAGAGACUUGCAUUUCCCAAGUUCUAGGACUGAUCAGUAACUCAGAGGACAGGUUAGAAACACCACAAAUCACCCUGACUGAACUACAGAUUCUUCUCAAACAGAUGGGCACUCUGCCCUGUACCAUGCAUCAGAUUGAUGAACUUAAGGAUGUUCUUCAAGAGGUGGAAACAUACCAAAUUGAGACCCGUGAGGCUCUUACUUCACUGCCUUAUAGUUUAGAAAUACUUCAGUCCCUGAUGGAAAAGGGUCAGCAGCUUCGUGUGGAAGUGCCUGAAGCUCAUCAACUUGAAGAGUUGUUGGAGCAGGCAAAAUGGUUAGAUCAAGUAAAGCAGGCCUUGGCUCCCUCUGGCCAGCGGCAUUCUCUGGUCAUCAUGAAGAAGCUUUUAGUUAUGGGAACCAAAGUAGCCUCCAGCCCUUCUGUGAACAAAGCUCGAGCAGAGUUACAAGAACUGCUGACUAUUGCCGAACGUUGGGAGGAAAAGGCCCAUUUGUGCUUAGAAGCUAGCCAAAAGCAUUCUCCAGCCACUUUGGAAGUUAUAAUACGAGAGGCAGAAAACAUCCCUGUCUAUCUGCCUAACAUCCAGUCUCUGAAGGAAGCUCUGACUAAGGCACGGGCUUGGAUUGCUGAUGUAAAUGAGAUUCAAAAUGGUGAUCACUACCCUUGUUUGGAUGAUUUGGAGGGCCUUGUAGCUGUGGGUCGGGAUUUACCUGUGGAGCUGGAGGAACUGAGACAGCUGGAGAAUCAGGUACUGACAGCACAUUCCUGGAAAGAGAAAGCUUCUAAGACUUUUCUCAAGAAGAAUUCUUGUUACACACUUUUGGAGGUUCUCUGCCCAUGUGCAGAUGCUGGUUCAGUCAGUACCAAGCGCAGUCGGUGGAUUGAAAAGGAGAUGGGGUUAUACAAAUAUGACACAGAAUUGCUGGGGCUGUCUGCACAGGACCUCAGGGACCCAGGGUCUCUGAUCAUGGCCUUUAAGGAAGGGGAAGAGAAAGAAAAGGAAGGUAUCUUGAAGUUACGUCACAUCAACUCAGCCAAGCCCAGUCCAAUGUCCUCACCGAUGAAUGCCUCUGCAACCUCCAUCUGUAUAUGUGGGCAGGUCCGUGCAGGAGUGGAAGCUCUGCAGUGUGAUCUCUGUCAUGACUGGUUCCAUGGACAAUGUGUGACUGUACCCCAUCUACUCAGGUCACUAAGGGCCAGUCAUACCUCAUCUCAACUGCUAGCUUGGUGGGAAUGGGACACCAAAUUCCUGUGCCCACUGUGCAUGCGAUCAAGGCGUCCACGCCUGGAGACCAUCUUGACAUUGCUAGUAGGACUACAGAGACUGUCUGUAAGGCUGCCUGAGGGUGAGGCCCUACAGUGCCUCACAGAGAGAGCCAUUGGUUGGCAAGGUCGUGCCAGACAGGCUCUAGCUUCUGAGGACGUGACUGCUUUGUUGAAACAACUGGCAAAAUCCCGCCAACAACUACAGGAUGAAUUGAGACAUGAGCAGCCCCCUACCUUGCCUUCAGGCCUUGAGUCUGACUGUCUCACAGAGGAUAGUGGCAAGGAUAUUCUUAAGGAAGAGGAGGAGUUGGUACUAAAUGAAGACAGGUUGAAAAGUUCUGAGAAGAUUGUUCCAAACGAAAAUUCAUGUGAAAGAGAUGAGGAACUGCUGCCUUCGCUUUUAUCCCAAUUAACUGGUCCAGUACUGGAACUGCCUGAAGCUACCCGGGCCCCCCUAGAGGAACUUAUGAUGGAAGGAGAUCUACUUGAAGUUACCCUAGAUGAGAACCACAGCAUUUGGCAGCUGCUGCAGGCUGGGCAGAAUCCUAAUCUAGAGCGAAUUCAUACACUUCUAGAGCUUGAGAAGCCUGAGAAUCCAGGGAAUUGGUCAGAGGAACAGACACCAGAGAGGCGGCGGCGGCGGCGGAGGCAAAAAGUGGUUCUGAGCAGAAAGGGUGAGGAGUUUACUCAAAAAGAACUAGAAAUAAAAAGAGUCCGGAGUUCAAGAAUUAAGCCUAAGGGAGAAAAAUUUCAAGAACCAAUACAUGGGGACAAUGUGCUCUUGACACACCAUACAGAACAUACAAACAUCUUAAAAGAGCACAUGAACAGUGUACAAGGAAAGGAUACAAGCCCUUCAUCUUCUUUUCCUUCCCUAACACCUUUGCGACAUCUAUCUUAUUUUCAUCAGCAAAAAUUAUAACAGUAGUGUGAGAUUGUUCUUUAGUCCUUCUCCUUCAUUAGUCUUUCUCCAUCCCUUGUUCUUUCCUUCCUUCCUUUCUCCUUUCUGUUGCUCCCUUUCUUUCCUCCAUUUUACUCUAUUCCUACAGCUUCCUCUGCCCUUAAACCCCCCAGACCCUCCAAAAGUAUUUAUUUCUUAUCUAGAAUUUGACCACAAAUUAUUUUAUCCUUACUCCUAAUAUAUUUUUGUGCUGUAGUUCCUAAGAACUAUUUCCUGUAUGUGUUUUUUAAAAUUUCAUCAGCAAUAUUCCUAGGACUAGCAUAGAUAAAGUGAUGUCCUUAGUUACCUGUAUUAUAAUCUGGAGAAGCAAAAAAUAAAAUUUGAGAAUGAUAAAGUUUAUUAUCCUUUAUUUUUAAAUCCUUUAUCAUCCUCUAUGUAAUCCCCACAUCAUCUACUUAUUAAAACAAAUGUCUUUUAGUUUAUAUUUUCAUUCUCUCCAUUACCUUUUUCUCUUUGGUUCACAUUCUAAAAGAACACUGUAUUUUGUAAUUCAUAAAGAAAAAGAAUACGGUAAUGCAAACUUACCAUAGUUAUUUAUUUUUAAUUUUGUUUCUUUUGAUGUUGUUGUUGUUAAAAAUAAAGCAGUAUGGUUGGAACUGCAUCUGGCUUGUACUUUUUGAUCUAUGGGAAUAGAAAAAUCAAGGAUGGAAAUCAUUGUUAUUGUGGGAAUCAACAAAAUUUGUUUCUGGACUUAAUACUUGUCUGUAUCUGGGUUCUUGAUUCUCUUUGUUUCUUGAUACAUGUUGUCUAGGUAAUGCCUUCAUAGCUGUAAUUAAUUUCCUAGUAACUGUCAAAUAAGAUGAUUCCUCUUACUUUUUCUUCUACAACAGUGUUUUAUUGAACUCACAAUGGCUUCAUUUUUCUUACGGAAUUGCUUUUG